AUGGGCGAGAAACAGAAGGAACUGGAGCCAGGCUAUCCGGCCGCGUCGAGGUUACUACCGCAGCGAUGGCGCGUGACUGGCGGUAAGCGACGCGAAGCAGAGCGAGAUUUUGAAUCCAAACAGCACUUUGUGGUCGACGGGAAUGUCUAUCCGGUGGUGAUAGGAGGCAGCACGACAUCAUGGCGGCCAUCCCAGGCCUUCACUAAUCACGUGCUUAAGAUUCUCCUCCAAGAAGUGAUGGGCUACAGCAAUGUUACCAUAGCAACGGAUGAUACAAAGGUCAUCUCGACAUCCCAGGCUGUCUCAGAGAUCACAGGAUGCGCUAAUCCCAUAUGUGAAGGUAAAAGUAGCCGAACGAUGCGGUCUCCAUCGAUUAAUGCAGAAGUAUGGUUGGAUGAUCCGUUGAGCUUGCAACCCUGGAUGGAUACACAGGAGUUAGUGGAUCUUGGACCUAUUGGUGUCCAGGCACGGUUUGGUUGGUUUGUCUCUACUGCGUUGGUGACCAACCUCUACAGCGUGGAAGGCAUGAUCGUUGACCACUGGAGGGUCUUGCAGAGCUCCCAGAUGACCGCCUACCUGACCAUCUCCACCAACGAGAUCGAGGUGCUGACCACCGAGUCGUCGGCUACAGCCGUGUUCAAGGGUCAGAGGUACUGCGACAGACCGGAGUGCAUCAACGGGGUGUACUACCCGCCCUGGUGCACCCAGGAUAACUCCCAGUGUGUCAUCCUCCUGGCGGAUUAUCCAGAAUCCAACUUUGACAAGCUGACAGACCAGAUCCAGAGUCUUGGUCUGAUGGUGGGUGUGGCCUGGAUUGGUCCAAACCUCAAGUCUACAGUGCAGCAGAGGCAAGAGAAAGGCCAGCCUACCUUGUUCUUCGGCUGGACUCCUGAUGACCUGACGUCAUCGGGUGCAUUCAGCCGGGUUGCCUUCCCAUCAUGCCAAGAGAAUUCUGCAGUACCUGAAGUAGAGGGUGCCACCGGAGGCUGCGACUUCCCCUGGCAGAAUGUCAACAAGGUAGCUUGGCGCCCUCUAGUGAUGGGAGCCUCUUACAUAUACGAUCUCAUCAAGGAUGUCAGGUUUUCCAGCUCCAAGAUGGAGACUAUCAUGUACAGCUAUUACUUUAGUCGUCUCAACAUGGCAGAGUUCGCCUGUGAGUGGGUACUCAGGAACAGGGGAUCAUGGGAGCCGUGGAUACCCAGUGGAUCAGCUGGAAUCAAAAGAACCAUUCUCCUUGGUGGCUUGUUUGAGACACUCAUCGAUCCCACCUCACCCAACUCUGGUAUUGAGCCGGGAGCGAGGAUGGCCAUCGAUGCGGUCAACGCUGACCCCAGCAUCCUCCCAAGUUACAAGCUGGCCUUGGCUUCCAUGGAAACGAGAUGCAGUCCAGAGACCUCUCUCCUCUCCUACUUCAAAUUCUAUGAAGAUCGUGGCCAGUCCCUUGCAGGUUUGGUUGGACCGAUGUGUUCAUCAGAAGCGGAGGUUGUUGGUAGUGUCUCCAGAUUCCUCAACACGGUUGUAGUGAGUUACCAGUCGGAUUCACCGAGCCUCUCUGACAAAGAACAGUUCCCCUACUACUUCAGGACCUUUCCCGAUACCACAGAACAAUGUUAUGCAUUGAUUGAGCUCUUCCAAAACUUUGGUUGGGGGCGCUAUGCAUUGCUGUCAGACAAUGACGACAUUACCUAUAAGGUCAUGAAGAACAUGGAGGAGGUCAUGACCGAUGGCAGCAUCGAGAUGGUCGUCGACAUCUACAUGGCAACCCAUGAAGUCAACCAGGCUGCCGUGAGUUCGUACAUGGAGGAGAUUGUCGACAAGAAAGCUCAUAUCAUCAUUGGCUACUUCCCAGAGAAUGUUGCCAGGCUGGUGCUCUGCGAGGCUCACAAGCAGGGAGUGACUGGCGAGAAAGGCUACCAGUGGUUUCUUCCUGACUGGUAUCAAGAUGCAUGGUGGGAUACAGACUACCACAACCAGAACUCGCCGUCCUACUCCAUCUUUUCCACCUCGCCGUCUUUCUUCAAUAUCAGCUGUUCCACUGCCGAUAUGAUGCAAGCCAUCGCAGGUUACAUCAGCCUAUCAAGAGCAUACAUUGCCAACUGGAACGAGCCUGUCCCUGGUCAUCAAACGGUCGAAGGAUGGAUUAACAACUAUAAUGCUCUUAUUGAGAAAGAAGGUAAGAUGCCUUCUUCCUAUGCAGCCUACGCCUAUGACACCAUCUGGACCUAUGCCUAUGCUCUUGAUAAGCUCUUGUUCAAUGAUGUAACAGCACUUGAUACACUGUCAUCGCAGAAAACCAUUAGGACAUACCUGAGGCAUCUGAGCAAUACAUCAUUCAGUGGGGUCACCGGCGAGGUCAGGUUCAUGGAUCAAGACCGUCGAGGACCAGUCAGCAUCCAUCAGCAUCACCCUCCUACAUCCACGAUAAUUGGUACAUACAUUCCUGAUAUGGACACUAAGGACCAGGGCUCUUUAUCUCUCAAUACAUCAGGUAUCGUGUGGGCUUCUGGUUAUCAGCCAACGGAUGGGGCUAAUGGUCCAACCUGUAUGGUAGAAGGAUUAAGGCGUGCUCUAGGAUCUGAUUGCCGUACAGCUAUAGCACUCAUGAACACCAUCCUCCUCCUGGUCAUACUGGUAUCAACAAUCAUCUUAGCAGUCUUCAUCAAAAGAAGAUACGACAGGAAAGUGAAACGUACUGAACAGCACAUCAAGCAACUCACCUUGAUGGGGCUGGGAGAGGGCGCCCUAAUCACUCUAGACGAAUGGGAGAUGCCGAGAGAGAAUGUCGUACUGAAUCGGAAGCUUGGCGAAGGAGCGUUUGGUACGGUGUAUGGGGGCGAAGCGUUGCUGGAUGAUAAUAAAUGGGCAGCAGUCGCUGUUAAGACUCUGAAACUUGGUGCAUCAGUUGAGGAAAAGCUUGAUUUUCUGAGUGAGGCUGAGGUAAUGAAGAGAUUCAAUCACAGGAAUAUUGUCAAUCUUCUUGGCGUUUGUACCAGAGGAGAACCUAUGUAUGCAGUCAUGGAAUUCAUGCUUUAUGGUGACUUAAAAACCUUCCUGCUUGGGCGUCGCCAUCUUGUUGGUGAGAAUGGAUACGCAAGAAACCAACAUGUGAUGGGUCCAAGUCAACUCACUUCUAUGGUGUUAGACAUAGCUUCUGGUCUGAGCUAUUUAGCCAGUAUCAACUAUGUGCAUAGGGAUCUAGCAUGCAGAAACUGCCUGGUGGAUGCAUCCUAUACUGUCAAGAUUGGGGAUUUUGGCAUGACACGGGCGCUGUAUGACUCGGACUACUAUAGACUAGGCAAAAGAAGCAAACUGCCAGUACGAUGGAUGGCUCCAGAGUCCUUGACAGAAGGCAUCUUUACCACCAUGAGUGAUGUAUGGUCAUUAGGCGUGGUCAUCUACGAGGUCGUGACCUUUGGUAGUUUCCCAUACCAAGAGCUAUCCAAUGCUGAGGUGCUAGAUUACAUCAGGAACAGAAACUCCCUCCGACCUCCUGAGGGGUGCAGCCCUGCACUAGGAGCCUUGAUGAUGCAGUGCUGGGCCAUCCAACCGCAGCAUCGACCAACAGCCAAAGAUGUAACAGACAUCCUCUGUCAAAGGCCACACCUUAUCACCCCGUGUCUUGGUGUCCCUUUAGGCAGCAUCCCUCCUGAAGAGAUCCACAACACGGGACUACCCCUAUCACCUGUCCGCCCCAAACACCCCAUCCCCAAACACAGCACUAGGAGCAAUAGCAGCACUGAAAUGCAGAUGGGACGCGAAUUCAGCCGCAUACACGAGGAAGAGUUCCUCACGGGUCACCUGGCAAGCGUUGGCCACAUUUUCCGUGCCUCCAAACGCAGAUCAAGGAACAAACAGAGCUUCAACCGAUGCAGCUUUGAGCUUGCCCCAAGCGGGUCACGGCGACUGAGACACGACUCUGAAACUGAAAGAAACUGUAUCUCGAUUAUCAGCUCCACCGCAAGUGCCCCAUCAACAUCCAUGUCCAACACAAGCACCCCGUCCACGUCACAGGACUCCUGCCUUGUGGCCGUAGAGGAACCUCCACCAGUAAUUCAUAGAGGGCGCUCUAGGACCUCUGCUACCUUAGAACACCACUUUCUCCAUAGGUUACCCUCAGGGGGUACCUUCAAUAAACUCCUGAAGAAGGCUGCGACAGAGGACAAUAUUUACACGGAAUCCAAGCAGAACUCAUGGUCUCUGUUCAGCUGUAUUGACAGUGGAAAAUUUGAUGGACUACCUCUUCUGCGGUCACAGUCGAGCCGUAGAGGGAGCAAGAGACCGAGGAGUAAAUCGCUUGGUAGCAAGUCAUCGGGAAGCAAAUCACCUUCCAGUAAGCACUCCUUAUAUGUGACGUUAUCAAGAAAUGGCUUUGAUGAUAGUAAGGAAGAAGAGACUAUGAUAUCCUUCGUCUCCACCUAGUUGGUGGUCUUCUCACCUUUGAAACCAAAUGGAUAUAUCUUAUCUUGAAUUAUUCUCUCAGUCUUGUCCUAGCUUUCAAACAAUAUAUCACACGAUUGACAAUUUUGUUACUAGUGCCUUUGAGGAACAGGACCAAUCGUUAAAUGAAAUACUAAAUCAUACUGUUUUCUUCAUUAAAACUUCAUUACAAUAAUCAUAAAUCGAUUGUAAGUUAUUUAUUUGAUUCAUAAUAAUCAACACUUGAUGAGUUUCAGACACCUUUUCAGGAAAGAGUUUAUUUUAGUGCCUCUUUACGUAUAUAUGUUUUAUGUUAUUUAUUAUCUUCAAAAUGAUUUGUUCAAAAAUUAUUAAGAUGAAAUUCAUAUCUCUAUAAAAAUAAUCAUUAUGUAAACCUAGUUGAGGUUUGAUGUUGAUGUACAGUGAUUUUGGACCUCUUGCCUAUGUACUGUAUGAUGACUGUAUUCAGCGCAAUAUUGACUCGCUAAUAGUACUAUCAAGAAUAUUGUAAAUACUUGAUUACUCUUCAGAAAUAUAUGUCAUGCUCGAUUCUUAUUUUAUUUAAAUCAAUAUACAUGUACAUACCUAUUUAAUUGAUGAUGAUAAUGAGAUGAUUAUCAUGCAUUUAUUAUUUAGAGUAGAUAACCCAUCAAGGACUAUAUCUAAGAUAUAUAUAUUUAUUUCUUUAAUGCCAUUACAAAGGAGCAAAUUUGAUCAUGCUAAUUUCAUCCCAAGUUGUUUGAUAUUUUUUUUUGAGAAAUGCUGUAGCUAUAUCUAAAACCUAAAUCGAUCAUGUUAUCUAAUAUUUCAGAGGUAUGUUUGAUUUAAUGUGCUUAUUCCAAAUAUUUGGCUUUAUAGGGAACUGUUGCUAAAAGAGCUACUAUCUAACACAACUCAAAAAAUAAAAAGGAAUUUGAUUUUCAAAAAAAUCUGAAGUGCAUAUAUAGGACUUUUGAAAUUUCCUUUGCACUUAUUG